CCGGCUUUAGCUGGCGGCUGCUUUUGAGGAGGCUGGUUCCUAUUUUAAAUCCAGUCAGCGAUCAAAAUGGCGGCUACGAACUGAGCGUGAGGUGGGGAGGAGAGAGACCCCGACCAGAAGGCGCGCUCGGCUCUUUUCCCCGGUAGACAUGCUGCAUGACUUCUGAGAGGAAUAUAUUUCCAAGAUUUGGACUGGACAGCCCUUCAAAAAGAUGAUGCCUUCAAAUAAAGGACUGUCCUCUGGAAGAAUGUGUUGCACAAUGCCUUCUGAUCCUGAUGGCCAUUGAAAAAUCUUCCAUGCUUGCUUGAGUUUUAAGAACAUUUGCUGAUGUGUGAUCAGAAUGAGUGGAUUAGGAGAGAACUCCUUGGACAGCAUGGCCAGUGAUUCAAGAAAACGCAAGCCAUUGCCCUGUGAUACCCCAGGACCAGGUCUCCUCUGCAGCGGGGAGAAACGUCGACGUGAACAGGAAAGCAAAUAUAUUGAAGAACUGGCUGAGCUGAUAUCUGCUAAUCUGAGCGACAUUGACAAUUUCAAUGUCAAACCGGAUAAAUGUGCAAUUUUAAAGGAAACUGUUAGACAGAUAAGGCAGAUAAAAGAACAAGGAAAAGCUGCUUCUACUGAUGAUGACGUCCAGAAGGCUGAUGUAUCUUCGACAGGCCAAGGGGUUAUUGAUAAGGAUUCAUUGGGACCUCUUCUGUUACAGGCAUUGGAUGGCUUCUUAUUUGUAGUAAAUCGAGAUGGGAACAUUGUAUUUGUAUCUGAAAAUGUCACUCAAUAUUUGCAAUAUAAACAAGAAGACCUGGUUAAUACAAGUGUUUACAGUAUCUUGCAUGAGGAAGACCGGAAGGAUUUUCUUAAAAAUUUACCAAAAUCUGCAGUGAAUGGAGUUUCUUGGACCAAUGAAGCACCUAGACAGAAGAGUCAUACAUUUAAUUGUCGCAUGAUGGUGAAAACAGUACAUGAUCUUCUGGAAGAUGUAGGGAGCAAUCAGGAUACACAUCAAAGAUUUGAAACCAUGCAAUGCUUUGCUUUAUCACAACCAAGAGCUAUGUUGGAAGAAGGUGAAGAUUUGCAGUCCUGUAUGAUUUGUGUUGCACGUCGUAUCUCAACAGUGGAAAGGGUAUUUUCACCAAACACAGAAAGCUUUGUUACUAGGCAUGACCUUUCAGGUAAACUUGUUAACAUAGAUACAAACUCGCUAAGGUCCAUGAGACCUGGAUGUGAAGAUAUAAUUCGUCGUUGUAUUCAAAGAUUUUUUUGUCAAAAUGAAGGACAGCCCUGGUCAAAUAAACGGCACUAUCAAGAAGCUUAUAUACAAGGUCAUGCCGAAACUCCACUCUAUCGGUUCUCCUUGGCAGAUGGAACAAUAGUGACAGGACAAACAAAAAGUAAACCGUUUCAAAACCCUGUUACCAAUGACCGUCAUGGGUUUAUCUCCACCCACUUUCUUCAAAGAGAACAAAAUGGAUAUCGACCAAAUCACGGUACAAUGGGACAGAGCAUCAGAGCAUCUGCAACUGGGAGUACAAAUUCAGGCGGAAAUAUUAUGAACAUGUCACCUGGACAAAAUAUACCUUUGCAGAACAGGAACUAUGGCAUGGGAGAUCCUAACUUAAUGGGGCAAAUGAGUGGUGCUAGAUAUGGAGGUCCUGGAAAUAUGGGAUCAGUGAACUCUGGGCAAGGAAUGCAGUCUUCCCCUUAUCAGAGCAACUAUGGAUUAAAUAUGAACAGCCCACCACAGGGCAGCCCAGGCUUGAAUUCCAGUCAACAGAAUUUAAUGAUAUCCAAUAGGAAUCGUGGGAGUCCAAAAGUGAAUUCACACCAGUUCUCUCCUGUAGCAGGUGUGCACUCUCCAAUGGGACCUGCCAGCAAUACUAGCAACAACAACUUUUCAAGCAGCUCACUUAGUGCUCUUCAGGCCAUCAGCGAUGGGGUUGGAACUUCCCUUCUGUCUACACUUUCUUCACCAGGUCCCAAACUGGACAGUUCUCCAAAUAUGAAUGUUUCUCAGCAAAGUAAAAUGGGAAGCCAGGAUUCAAAAAGCCCUCCUGGCAUAUUUUGUGAGCAAAAUCAAGUGGAGAGUUCUAUGUGUCAGUCAAACAGCAGGGACUCCUUUAGUAACAAAGAUAGUAAAGAAGAGAGCCUUGAAGGGUCUGACCAACGGGGACCAGCUGAAAGCAAAGGGCAUAAAAAGCUUCUUCAGUUACUAACGUGUUCCUCAGAGGACAGAGGGCAUUCAACACUGUCAAACUCUCCCUUGGAUUCUAGUUGCAAAGAAUCUUCUACCAAUGUUACAAGCCCCUCAUCUGGAGUCUCCUCUUCUACAUCUGGAGGGGUCUCUUCAUCAAACAUGCAAGAGAAGCAUAGGAUUUUACAUAAGUUGCUACGGAAUGGUAAUUCUCCAGCAGAAGUAGCGAAGAUAACUGCUGAAGCUACUGGCAAAGAUACAUACCAUGAUAGUAACACAGUUUCCUGUGGAGAAGGAGCAGUUAAACAGGAACAGAUGAGUCCUAAAAAGAAAGAGAACCAUGCUCUACUUAGAUACUUGCUUGACCGGGAUGAUGGGAAGGAUCCACUUUCAAAGGAUAUUAAACCUAAAAUAGAAAGUUUGGACAGCAAGAUGGGGCAAUGCUGUAGUUCUGCCAUACCUACUUCAAGUCAAGAAAAAGAGAUGAAAAUAAAAACAGAACCCACAGAAGAGAUGAGUGGAGAUUUGAUGGAUAAUUUUGAUGCAAUUUUGGGUGAUCUAACUAGUUCAGAUUUUUGCAGUAAUCCCAUGUCUACAAAUGGGAGUAAUAUUGGGAAUAAGCAAUCUUUGUGCCAAGGAAAUACACCACUGGGUAUAAGAAGUCCUCAAUCACUGCAGACUACCCGUCCUCCUUUCAACAGAGCCAUGUCUUUGGAUAGCCCCAUAUCAGUGGGUUCAAGCCCAACUGUGAAGAGUGUCAAUGCAUUCUCCAUAUUACAGAAGCAAAACAUGAUGGCUGGGAGUCCAAGAAUGAUUGAAAACCAGGAAAAUUUUGGAGCUAAUAUGGGGGGAUCAAACAGAAAUAUGCCUAUGAAUCAGCAUUCAGCAAGUGAUUGGAACCUACAAAACUCGAAAGUGAGCAGGAUGGAACCUACAGUCUCUGGUUCAAUGGCAAGACCAGGACCUGAAUGCAACCCAGCCCUUUCCAGACCUUCAGUUGGCGGGUCCAUGCCUGGUUUGUCCAUGAGGUCAAAUAGUAUGCCUGGCACCAGAUCCAUGCUCCAACAGCAGAUGAUCCAUAUGAGGCCAAAUGAGAUUAACAUUGGUAUGGGAGGGAAUCCUUAUGCACAUCCAGGACCAUCUAACCAGCCAAAUGUAUGGCCCGACACCAUGCUAUCCAUGGAACAAGGAUCUCGAGGUUCACAAAACAGGCAGGUAGUUAGAAAUUCCUUGGAUGACCUGUUAUAUACUGCUCCAAAUGUCGAUGGCCAAAGUGAUGAAAGGGCUCUUCUAGAUCAACUGCACACAUUGCUGAGUAGCACAGAUGUCACCAGUCUUGAAGAAAUUGAUAGAGCCUUAGGAAUUCCUGAUCUUGUAAAUCAAGGACAAGCUUUGGAACCCAAACAAGAAUCAUUUCAUGGCCAAGAAUCUACAGUAAUGAUUGACCAGAAGCCUCCAAUAUAUGGUCAGCCCUAUCAAGGACAGGGAGCAGCAAUGCCAGGAGGUUUCAGCAGCAUACAGGGCCAGCAGGCAGCCUUUAACACUGUGAUGAAUCAAAUGAACCAGCAGAGCAAUUUCCCAAUGCAAAGUAUGCAUCCCAGAGCAAAUGUCAUGAGGCCCAGAACCAACACGCCAAAGCAGCUUCGCAUGCAGCUCCAGCAGAGGCUCCAAGGACAGCAGUUUUUGAACCAGACCCGUCAAACGCUUGAUAUGAAAAUGGAGAACCCCAACCCUGGUAAUGCAUCGGUGAUGAGACCUGUUAUGCCUCCUCAAAUGGGAUCACAACAGCAAGGCUUCCUUAAUGCUCAAAUGAUGGCUCAGCGAAACAGGGAGUUAAUAAGUCAUCACAUCAGACAGCAAAGGAUGGCUAUGAUGAUGCAGCAGCAGCAGCAACAGCCUCAGGCCUUCAGUCCUCCCCCGAAUGUGACUGCCUCAGGAAGCAUGGAUGGUGCUGUUACGGGCCCUCCAAUGGCUCCAGUUCCACCCCAGCAAUUUUCAUACCCAUCAAAUUACGGAAUGAGCCAGCAACCAGAUCCUGCCUUUAGUAGAGUAUCAAGUCCUCCUAAUCCCAUGAUGGCUCAAAGAAUUGGACCCUCGCAAAAUCCCAUGAUGCAGCAUCCUCAGGCUACACCUAUGUAUCCAUCUCCUGAGAUGAAGGGCUGGCCAUCAGGAAGUAUGGCCAGGAGUAGUUCUUUUCCACAGCAACAGUUCAGCCAUCCAGGGAACCCUGCAACUUACAAUAUGAUGCACAUGAACAGUAAUGGGGGUCAUAUGGGGCAAAUGAAUAUUAAUACUAUGCCUAUGUCAGGAAUGCCCAUGGGUCCAGACCAGAAAUAUUGCUGACAUCACAACUGCAAUCUCGUAGUAGGCAGAUGCCAUACAGGAUGGUGAACUAAGUAUUACAGAAAAGUGCACAUGAGCUUUAUGGCAACAAUGUACUAGCCUUAUGGAAAUACCACUUCUGUUUCCAUGAAGAUGUCUUAAGUGACUUCAUAAGUUAUGGACUUUGGGAUGAGGGGAAAGGCAGGGUAGAAGCAAAGUAUCACUGUAUAAUGUAAAAAACAAAAACAAAAAGGUCAAAUAUUAUCUUGGCACUCUGCCUCUAGCAAUGUGAAUUUGGCAAUGGCACAUGAUUAAAUGUGAUGGGUAGACGCUGUAUACCAGUUUUGUUUGCUGUAGCUGUCCAAAGCCCUUAACUACAGGCAGACCAAAGUGCCUGGAGAAAUGUUGCUAAUAGUCCUGAGUUUUAUAGAAAGAGCCUCUGUCAGAAUGUAGUACCUGGCCUUGAUUUGAAAACAAAACAAAACUCUGAACAUUCAUGCUGCUGUUAACCUUGCUCCCCGGUGUUGAAAGUCUAACAUGCAAGUGGCAAUAGAAAUGAGGUGUCGUGGCCUCCAAAUCAUGCUCUUUGAUGCCAAAGGGUUAUGGAGAGAUUAAAUAUGUAUAAUGAUGAUAGAGAUUUCCACAUUGAUGUGCAGUUUUGUGCACUUUAUAAAAUGCUGUACGUAAUGGGUCAAUGCAAUACCUUUAAUAAUGAAUCAAUGGAUAUAAAAAAGGCGAGUUCAUGCCUUCUUUCAAGACCAAUCUAAAUUACUAUUCCAUGUUACUGAUACGGAAAUUUGAGCAAUAAUCACACAACGUUUUGCCAUUAAACAUCGUGAGACUCAAGGCAAGGCAUUGCAGUUCUAAGAUAAAUUUUCUUUGUGAAUAAAUUUUGUAAAUAUAAUCUUAAGAUGUUGUACUAUAUAUAUAUGACUUUUGUAGGCCACUAACUCAUUUUUGCAGAGUUUGUGAAGCUAAAUAUUUAACAAAGAUGAUUUCUGUAAACUCAGUUUAGUCAAAGUUGUCCAGAUAGAUACUUUUUUAAUUUAAGUGGGGUUGGGUAACUGUGGCCCUUACCCUCUUUUCAUUGGUUUCUAACAGUUUAUUUAGAACUUUAUGUAAUGGCUUUUUAAGAGAUCAUUUGGUCAUAUUUUAGUGGUCUUUUAAUAUUUUCUCUACACCUUAAGUGUGCACUUUGUUACUUUUUCUUAUAGAGGGCAAUUUGAUGACAAAAAAGGUUCUUUUUAGCUGUCAUGACAAUUUCUGGAAUUUUUAAUAUAACUUGUCUUUUCAGUGAAAGAGCCUCAGCUCCAAGACAUUUGGUUAACUUUUAAUUAAGCCCUUAGUGGUGUUCUGAACAUGUUGUUUUUGUGUGUGUUAAACGUUUUCUAUCAUCAGGAUGCACAUCUGAUGAUAUUUAAAUAUCCAAACUUCUUUGUGGCAAUUAAUUAGGCGUAUCACAUUUAAUUGAUGUACUGGUAACAAAUAUAUUUAUUUUAUAAGCAAUUUCUUUCAUAUCAUUAUCCAUAGUUGGAGGUCAGAAACACCACAAUUUUCUCUGUCAGUUUUGUCAUAUAAAUGAAUAAUAUAUUCCCCUCAAACAAGAUGUAGUGAUUCAGAACAGGACCUUUCAAUAGAUAGGCAGGCCAAAAUGUUUGAAGCAGUGUGUUGAGUGCUUUUACUAUUCCCAUGGCAUAUUCAACCUAGUUCCUCCAGAAUAUGUGAAGUGGUGAUCUUGAUUAUUUGAUUUGUGAUGAAAGCUCAGCUUCGUUUUGCAGAAGUUUGCAAUUCUGUUCUAAGGGACAGAAUUACUUAGUGCAGAAAUUGCUCUGUUAUCCCUGUACCCCUCUCAAAAGCUGCUACUAUCUUGAGAACAGGUUUAAAUAUUGCCUGUUCUGUGUAGUUCACCCAGCUAUUGUAUUUAACUUCAGUAAAAUUCUUCUUCAAACAGUUGGGACUCGGGUCCAGAAUUCUGUGUGUGUUCUGAUGUGCACAUUGAGUCCCUUCAUGUAUCCAAGAGCUUCCUUGUCCUUUUAAGUAUCUUUUAAUGUGCAAGAUAAUGGAUUUUUUAUAUGGAAUUUUAAAAUGAUAACUCGCUUUGAGUUCUUCCUUAAAAGUAUAAAUCAAGCCCAGACUCCACAUGCACAUCCCAGUAUAGAGAUCUAGCUGGCCCUAGUGUUAACGUCAGUGAGGAUGUGUGCACAUCAGAGCUUUUGUGCAUACAAGGUGCCCCCAGAUUGGAGCAUUUUGGGUUUUGUAGAUCCUUAUCAUUAAAGUGAGACGAAAUAUUUUCAUCUUUUCAGAAGACACCUUUUGAUUCUACCAGUGGAACCUCAUGGUAAAAAAACAACCUCAAAGAGCCUAUAAAAUCAGCGUAGGUGAUCUUUUAACUUUUGUAGAUGUUAAUGAUAAUUGACGACAGCUAUGAACUCUGGUUGCUUUUGCUAAAUGUGAUCUCCCAAUGUUAAAAACUAUAUGUUGCCCUUUCUUUUUCAUUUUGACUAAUUCUGUUUGCAUUUCUGAAAUGUAGUGGUACCUGCUGUUCGCUGGUUCAUCUGCUCUUUAGAAUGUUAUCCUUCCCAACCCCUAAUCACUAUGUUUUGCUGAUUCCAAAGAUUUUAGUUCAUAAUUGUUAAAAGAAAAAAAAUCACACAUUUUGAAAAUUGUGUUUUGAAUUGAUAUUGCCAAGAAUAUUAAGCACUGCUGAUACAAAUGAUCAUAUCCAUCACCAAAAGUGCAUGUUUUAAAACCCUCAUUCUCUGGCAAUUGAGUGUUGAUUAUGUGGUGUGUAGAUGGCCAAAUGGUGCAGCAAACAAGGCUGAAUGGGACAGUAAGCUUCGUUUGCUAUUGGUGCUUUCUGAACUCAUUGUCUCUAUAGAAAGUCCGUAUGAACUGUCAAACAAAUUUGCGUGUUAAGACGCAUAAACCUUUUCUAUCUUUAUCUUUUUCUUUGUGUUUUUUCUUUAGUAACAAACUAUUUGAAUGUUGCACCAGGUAGCACACAGAAUUCAGUAGCGGACUGUCAUGUGACAGCAGCACAGCAAUUAUGGAACCAUUCAACUGAGAGCAAUAUUUUUUACUAUCUCAGGAGAAAGGCAUACAGUAUUGAAAAUUGACUCUAAAGUUAGUUUACAUUAAAUAUUGCUUGUAAUAAUUGAUUACAUCACAAAAAGGCCUUCUGCAGGCUGACAUUAAAAAAAGGUUGGUCAUAUGUUCGUUUUUCUGAUUUUUGUUUUGUUUGGAUGUUAAUAAUAAUGUAAAUAAAGGUUUCUAUGCGAAA